AUGGCGAAAUCGUUAUCGGAGCAAAUUGCCGCGAUUGCCAACAAACCAGCAGUUGAGGAUUACGAUGUAGAGGAUAGCGAGCGUAACGUUUUCGAACAUCGCGACGAUAGUGGUGAGGGUUCCGAAGACGAUUCUGAAGACGAAAAAUUAGCGAAAUCGCACUACGUAAACGUCGGGAAAUCACAAUUGAGAAACGAGGGCAUAGCACUGCGAGACGAGAAAUACGGAGGUGCUAAGGGCUCUAGAGAUGACAUGUAUGCAAAUGCUACGGAAGAUGUUGAAAGUGAGCAAGAAGAGGGCGAAAGCUUUGGUGAAGAAGACUCGGAGCAGGACGAGGAGCUUGAAAAAGACGAAGACGAGUCUGAUAGUGGAGUAUCAAUGAGGACAGACUCUGAAGAUGAAGCCGAGGAGAAAGAGCAAGACAUUUUAGAAGAUGACGAAGACGUAGAAGUUAAGCGUCAACGACUGGCAGAAAUGGUGCAGAAAGAGGCUCGCUCGGCAGCCAGCAAGCUUUCUGAGACGACGCAUAGAGACGCUGUGAAAGGAUUUGCCGUACUUGAACAAUACCGUACAUUUGACCAUAUCCUAGACACCAGAAUCAAACUGCAAAAAGCCGUCAAUGCAGCGAAUCAGUUGCCACUUAGCACAUCCUCUUGGGACCAGUCUCUCCAGGAAUCUUCGAAAAAUGAAAAACAUCUAUCCAAAACAAUGAAACUAUUAGAAAAAGUUAUGGGUCAAUUGGUGGACUUCCGUCAGGAUUUUCAAGUCGCUGAUAAAAUAAACCAAGUCACUGAUGACUCUAAAAUGUCCUAUGGCCAAAAGAGAAGCUUUUCGCAGUUAUGUGACGAGACCGCCGAUUUGAACAUGCAGCUGAAAUCCUAUAGAAAUGUGGUCCUCAAUAAGUGGUCCACUAAAAUAUCGUCUGCAUCCGGUAAAUCGGUCAUGUCCUCAUCCAAAUUCAAAGCCAUCCAUCAACCUGCAGACGUUCAAGUUGAACAUCAACUGGCAGACAUUGCGAGAUUACUGAAGCGUACAAGGCUCAACAGAAGGAAUGUGGUGUCGCUCGGUUUUAAAGAAGAUCUAGAACAGGGCGCUUUGGAAGAACUUAGACCUCUGACUAACACUGAACCUGACCAGUCCGAUAACGAAGAUAUAGACGUGCCCAAAGAUUAUGAUCCCAGAAAGAAGGAUAACAAGAACAUUGACACCAGCGAGAACCCAUAUGUUUUCGAUGAUGAAGAUUUCUACCGCGUUUUAUUGAAUGACCUGGUGGAUAAAAAAAUCGCUGGCGCUCAAGGUGAAAACAGCGGCGCUACGAUAGCUAUUACUUCUCGAUCUAACAACAAGCUCAAGAAAAAUGUCGAUACAAAAGCCUCCAAAGGUAGGAAACUAAAUUUUACGAUACAGGAAGCUAUAGCAAACUAUGAAGCGCCGGUUAAUGGAGGGUUUAAAUGGUCAGAUGAACAGAUAGACGAAUUUUGCUCAGGGUUACUGGGCCAACGCAUUAAUUUUGAUGAAGAAUACAAAUCCGAAGACGAAGGACAUGGUGCACAGGAAUCUGUGGACACAACCGGUAUUCAAAUUUUUGGGUAA